AUGCACGAGCUCUGUGUGAAUCAGUCAGAUGUUAGAAAAGAAAACGUUAGCUCGUCGACUCAGAAUGGGCAGGUGUCUGAAGUUCAGAAAGCCAGAGAUACGAGGCUGAGGGCGGUGGCGCUGAGGUUAGAGCAACAGCUGAUCUGGAAGAACCGCUGCAGGUUCCCGGUCAGUGAAAGAUACAACAGCAACAGAGAGACAGGUGUCAUUUACACUGGGGUCACUGGGGACACUGAAAUCACUGGGGUCACUGGGGUCACUGGGGACACUGGGGUCACUGGGGACACUGAAAUCACUGAGAUCACUGGGGUCACUGGGGACACUGAAAUCACUGGGGACACUGGGGUCACUGAGAUCACUGAGAUCACUGGGGUCACUGAGAUCACUGAGAUCACUGGGGUCACUGGGGUCACUGUGGAUACUGGGGUCACUGGGGACACUGAAAUCACUGGGGUCACUGGGGUCACUGUGGAUACUGGGGUCACUGGGGACACUGAAAUCACUGGGGUCACUGUGGAUACUGGGGUCACUGGGGACACUGAAAUCACUGGGGUCACUGGGGACACUGAAAUCAGUGGGGACACUGGGGUCACUGGGGACACUGAAAUCACUGAGAUCACUGGGGUCACUGGGGACACUGAAAUCACUGGGGACACUGGGGUCACUGGGGACACUGAGAUCACUGUGGACACUGGGGUCACUGGGGUCACUGAAAUCACUGUGGAUACUGGGGACACUGAGAUCACUGUGGACACUGGGGUCACUGGGGACACUGAAAUCACUGGGGACACUGGGGUCACUGGGGACACUGAGAUCACUGAGAUCACUGGGGUCACUGAAAUCACUGUGGAUACUGGGGUCACUGGGGACACUGAAAUCACUGGGGACACUGUGGAUACUGGGGUCACUGUGGAUACUGGGGUCACUGGGGACACUGAAAUCACUGGGGUCACUGUGGACACUGGGGUCACUGUGGACACUGGGGACACUGAGAUCACUGGGGUCACUGUGGAUACUGGGGUCACUGGGGUCACUGGGGACACUGAAAUCACUGGGGACAUUUUUCACUCAAAAUUUGGAAUCGGGUUUGUAUUUCAGCAUUAAAUAUUUGAUCAAAGUUAAAUAUUGUGAAUCGUGCGUGUGAGCUAAGCGUGUCAUCACACCCCUAAUCUGAACCCUUAUGUCCCACCACUUUUCAACACAGUGACCUCCUUGAUUCAUUUUAUCUUAUCAAAGUACA